AUGACAUUCAUGGCUCAAUUCCAGCACAACUUUUUUCAUCUAAGAUAUCUGCACUUUCUUAAUAUCUCAUAUAAUCAGAUAUCAGGGGAAAUUUCAGGCAAUGGCUUGGCCAAUCUCACCAGUAUAGUUCGCCUGGACAUGAGUAACAAUCACUUUUAUGGUUCAAUUCCAGCACAACUUUUCUACUUGAGGCUUCUGCGGUUUCUUGAUUUAAGUGAUAAUUCAUUAAAGGGCAGUUUAAGUACUGAAAUUGGAAAGCUUGGAAAUUCGAGGACAUUAAAGUUGGAUGGGAAUUCUCUUUUUGGAAAUAUUCCUUUACAGAUUGGUAAUCUGACAAAGUUGCAGCAUAUUUCAAUAAGCCUGAAUGAACUUUCUGGUGGGAUUCCAGAUUCAAUCUUCACUCUGAAGAGACUAGAAGGAUUGGAUUUAAGUAGUAAUAAUUUACGGAUGCAGAUUCCUAGUCAAAUUGGAAACUUGUCACGCAUUUCCACUUUGGUAAUAAGCAAGAACAGCUUCACAGGUGCAAUCCCAACAUCUGUACGAAAUUUGAGCAAAUUAGAAACACUUCAACUGGAAGACAAUAUGCUUGGUGGAGAAACACCCUCCUGGUUAUUUGACAUGGAGAGUCUGAAGAAUUUGUUUCUAGGAGGAAAUAAGAUAAAUUGGAAUAAGAUUGUCAAAAUAGUUCCAAAGUGCAUGCUUUCUAGACUCUCUCUCAGAUCAAGUCAAAUUUCCGGAGACAUUCCUGAAUGGAUUUCCACUCAAAAGAAUCUCGACAUUCUAGAACUGAGUUAUAAUCAGCUCACAGGAAUAUUUCCACCUUGGCUUGCUGAGUUGGAAGUUGGAAAUCUGCUACUGUCAAAUAACGAGCUUAGUGGUUCAAUCCCAUCUCGCCUUUUUCAAUCUCAGAGAUUAUCAGUUUUGGCGCUGUCAAGAAACAACUUUUCAGGGGAGUUGCCAAAAAAUGUUGGUGAUGCUAAGGAGAUAUCAGUUCUUAUGCUUUCUGGGAACAAUUUAUCAGGGCCAGUCCCAGAAUCCAUUGUAGAUAUGCAUCAACUAUUGCUACUGGACUUGUCAAGAAACAAUUUAUCAGGGCCAGUCCCAGCUUUUGAUGCUGAUGGUUUUCUGAUGUAUGUUGAUCUCUCUUCUAACAAACUAUCAGGUGACGUUCCCUCAUCACUUGGAAUAUCUAUGAUUGUUCUUGCGCUAGGGAAAAAUAAGUUCUCUGGCAAUUUGCCUAGGAAUUUGACAGAUAUGAAAUAUCUAGAACAUCUAGAUAUCCAUGACAACAACAUUACAGGUAAUUUCCCGGAAUUUUUUUCCCAAAUGUCAGCCCUUCAAGUCCUGAUCCUACGUAACAACUCUUUACAUUCAUUACAAUCUAAUUCAUUCUCCAACCAGAGUGCACUCCGAAUUCUUGAUCUUUCAAAUAACAAUCUUGUUGGAAGUAUCCCUUUAGACUUGGGAAAUGUAGUAUCAAUGGCUGGAAUCUUUGAUAGAUAUUAUAUUUCCAUACGUACUAAUGGAAUACAGGUUAACUGGAUUGAGGCUUCGAUUACAUUAAUCACAGGCAUGUUUACCUUCAAAAUAGAGAUGAAUGAACUCACAGUGAACUGGAAGAAUGCUAUACAAGGUCUCUCAAGUCAUAGCCGACAUAUCUAUUCUUUGCUAGACUUGUCAAAGAAUAAAUUGUCAGGUGAAAUUCCAGCUUCAUUAGGACUUCUCAAGGAACUUAAACUUCUCAACUUCUCCAACAAUAGACUCUCUGGACAUAUACCACGAAGUUUCGGGGAUCUAGAAAGUAUAGAGACAUUAGACCUAUCAUACAAUGAUAUCUCUGGUACAAUUCCACAAUCAUUCAGUAAGCUAAAACAACUGUCUGUGCUAGAUGUGAGCAACAACAAGCUAAGUGGCGAAAUCCCACGAGGAGGACAAAUGGACACAAUAAAUGAUCAGAGUUAUUUUGCUAACAACAGUGGAUUGUGUGGGAUGCAAAUCAAGGUCAAAUGUUCUGAAGAUGAGCCAACAUCAGAUGAUGUGCAAGAAGAGGAUGAUGAUGUUGAACAAGAGCCAUGGUUCUUGUGGACGGGAGUGUGGAUCGGAUUCCUUCUUGGCUUCAUUUCAUCAGUAUUAACAGCCUUUCUUAGUGGCUACUUUGUUCUACCAAUACCAAAAUACAACUCAAUUCACUAUAGGCACAGAUGA